AUGGCCCGUUCAAGAGGAUCAUCAAGACCUAUGUCUAGGUCAAGACCUACCCAAACGAGAUCUGCUUCCACCGUGGCUGCUCCAGCUCGUCCGCAACAAGAACCAAACGCUUAUUCACAUCCCCCCGCCGCAGGUGCCCAGACAAGACAACCAGGCAUGUUUGCACAAAUGGCAUCUACUGCUGCAGGUGUUGCCGUUGGUAGUACCAUCGGCCACACCUUGGGUGCAGGUAUUACUGGUAUGUUUUCCGGAUCCGGAUCUGAAUCCGCUCCUGUUGAGCAACAGCAGCAAAAUAUGAGUAACACCUCCGGCCAAACCCAAAUGGACCAGCAGAUGGGAAGAACCUGCGAAAUGGAUGCAAGAAACUUCACACGCUGUUUGGAUGAGAAUAACGGGAACUUUCAAAUAUGUGACUAUUACUUACAGCAGCUAAAAGCUUGUCAGGAAGCUGCACGUCAAUACUAA